ACCAUGGCUGACAGAGCUGCUGCCGAAAGGGCUUGUAAAGACCCCAACCCCAUCAUCGAUGGCAGGAAAGCCAACGUGAAUCUGGCGUACCUGGGUGCCAAGCCGCGGAUAAUGCAGCCAGGUUUUGCCUUUGGUGUCCAGCAGCUUCAUCCAGCUCUCAUACAGAGGCCUUUUGGGAUACCUGCUCACUAUGUCUAUCCACAGGCUUUUGUACAGCCCGGAGUGGUAAUUCCCCACGUUCAGCCCGCAGCAGCUGCUGCUUCCACU